GCGCGCCGGGCAGCAGAGAGGCGAGCGAGUGUCUUCCGCGUGGGGCUGCAGCAUGGAACUGGAAGCCGGCCCCGAGGGCGCGCGCCGGGCGCUGGGCCGCCUGGUGGAGGCGGUGCUGGCGAGCCGCGGCGAGGCCAAUGCCGUGUUCGACAUCCUGGCAGUGCUGCAGUCUGAGGACCAGGAGGAGAUACAAGAAGCGGUGCACGCAUGCAGCCGACUUUUCGGGGCUCUGCUGGCCCGCGGAGAGCUGUUUGUGGGCCAGCUGCCCUCUGAGGAGAUGGUCAUGGCAGGAUCUCAGGGGGCCACUCGCAAGUACAAAGUGUGGAUGCGGCACCGCUACCACAGCUGCUGCAACCGCCUGGGGGAGCUCUUGGCCUAUCCCUCCUUUCAGGUCAAGGAGCUGGCACUUAGCACGCUCAUGAAGUUUGUGCAGCUGGAGGGUGCACACCCGCUGGAAAAGCCCAAGUGGGAAGGCAACUAUUUGUUCCCUCGCCAGCUCUUCAAGUUGGUGGUGGAAGGUCUGCUCUCUCUGGAGGAGGACCACUCCCUGCUCCUCUCCCAGUUCCGGGAGUACCUGGAACAUGACGACAUCCGCUACCACACAAUGCAGGCAGCCUCAGACACUGUGGCCCGAGUCACUGACGGGCGCCCUGAGGUGCCCCUCACCUUCUGGAACAAUGCCUUCACACUGCUGUCCUCCGUGAGCCUGCCCCGCCAGGAGAGUGACCUCUCCAGCUUCUACAUCAAGCACGCAAGGCUCUCAGACAAGUGGAAGGUCAUCCACCUGAAGGAGCACAGGAAAGCCUUCCAGGUGAUGUGGCUUGGCUUCCUCAAGCACCAGCUGCCUCUGCGCAUUUGCAAGAAGGUGCUGGUGAUCAUGCACGACUCUAUCCUGCCGCAUCUGGCGCAGCCCACCCUCAUGAUCGACUUCCUCACCCGUGCCUAUGACAUUGGUGGAGCUAUCAGCCUCUUAGCCUUGAACGGGCUGUUCAUCCUGAUUCAUAAACACAACCUGGAGUACCCUGACUUCUACCGGAAGCUCUACAGCCUCCUUGACCCAUCUGUCUUCCAUGUCAAGUAUCGGGCCCGCUUCUUCCACCUGGCUGACCUCUUCCUGUCGUCCUCCCACCUGCCCGCCUACUUGGUGGCGGCCUUUGCCAAGCGCCUGGCCCGCCUGGCCCUGACGGCACCCCCCGAGGCCCUGCUCAUGGUCCUGCCCUUUAUCUGCAACUUGCUGCGCAGACACCCAGCCUGCCGCGUCCUCGUGCACCGCCCGAGGGGCCCUGAGCUGGAUGCUGACCCCUAUGACCCUGAAGAGGAGGAUCCUGCCCAGAGCAGAGCCCUGGAGAGCUCCCUGUGGGAGCUGCAGGCUCUCCAGCAGCAUUACCACCCUGAGGUGUCCAAGGCUGCCAGCGUCAUCAACCAGGCACUGUCUGUGCCUGAGGUCAGCAUCGCGCCACUCCUGGAGCUCACUGCCUUUGAGAUCUUCGAGAGGGACCUGAAGAAGAAGGGGCCUGAGUCGGUGCCUCUGGAGUUCAUCCCGGCCCAGGGCCUGUUGGGCCGGCGGGAUGACCUCUGUGCCCAACACUUCACUCUGAGCUGACCCGGAGCCCUGCUCCCCCGGAUGGAUGGUUUGGGAGGAGAGCUGCUUGGGUGGGCUGGUGGGCGGGGGGUCCAGGGAGGCACAGGUCCUUUUCCCCAGCCCUUCCUGCCAAAGAAGCAGCACCUGCCCUGGGUCUCCUCUGCGACCCUGUGCUGCAUGAGCUGGCGUGGUCUGAGUGCUGUCUGUCUUUGGGGUGGAGUUAGCUUCUUAAAGACAGUGUCAUGUAUGCCUUGUGCACGAGUGUCGUGGAGCCCAGGACGGUGGCCAACACCUAUUGCGCCUCAGCGUGUGUCAGUUUUCUCCAUCAAACCUCGUGGAAGUGGCUUUACAGGAUCCGGCCUCAGGUGCCUGGGGCUCCUCCCACGAUACCCACUUCCCCAAGUCAGUAUGAGGUCCUGGGGCUCGUGCAGGACUGACCAGGAACAUUCACCAGCAAGCUGUGCUGGGCCUCAGUGGCCUGCACGCAGCCAGGCCGUGGAUGGAGCUGGACUUUCUGGGUUUCGUCACCUGCUGCUGGCUGUUUCACCCACAGCUCCCUUGGACCAGGGAGCGGAAGCCAGCUGUCUCUUGCCUAAUUAAAAUUCUGCUCCAGUUUA